ACGUGUCUCUCAAUGCUAAAAGUUCUCCGCAAAAAUGCCUGAUAAAAUCAACUUCGACAUCGAUAAUUACGAGCCAUCGGAUUCCGAGGAGGAAUACACGGCUCGUGAAAAGUCUCUCAUCUCCAAAGUGCGCGAAAGCAACAAAAAACGCGUCGAAAGUGACGAAGAAGUCCUUGGAUUUUCCGACGACGACGAGCAAGACUCCGAUUUAGACAACGACGAGAUCAAAAAAUUCCAAGAUACCGCGAGCGAAGGCGAAGAAGACGACGAUUUGCCGGAUUCUCGAGCUUGGGGCAAGAAAAAACGCGCUUAUUACAACACAGAUUUCGUCGACAAGGAUUACUCGCAAUACACGCAAGAGGAGGAAGAAUUGGCAGCACAAGAAUGGGAAGAAGCAAAACAAAUCCGACAACGAUUGACGAAGCAGUUGAACGACAAUGACUUCUCGUUGGAUGUUUUUUCGACGGAAAAAGGCGACGCAAAAGCUUCGAAAGAGGAAGAAGCGGAACAAGAUGAAGCAAAACUCAAAACAGACCUCACCGAUUUGUCGGAACGCGAGAAAAAGCAACUUUUUAAACGAGAUGCGCCCGAAUUCGAGGGUUUAGUGAACGAUAUGUUGUCACAUUUGGAGGAAAGUGAGACACUUUUGACGCCUUUCUUGGAUUAUUGCAAGGAAAAUUUGGUCGAAGAGAUUCCCGUCAUCAAAUUUGUGAAAACUUUCAACAGUUUGCUGCUGAAUUACAGCAACAACGUGAGUUUUUACCUCCUUUUGAAGUCAAAACGGGUCCCGAUCAAGAAUCAUCCCGUCGUCAAACGUCUCGUGCAAGUCCGAAAACUCAUCGAGCAACUAAACGAACGUUACCAAGACAUCGUUCGUCCCCAAAUCGAGGCAUUUUUGGAAGAUUUGAAGGCAAAUAAUGUCAAAGGGAUCACGACAUUGAAGCCACAAAACACAAAAUCCAAGAAAAUGUUGAACAUCAUGAAGCCUUUCGAAGAAGACAACAUCAGCGAAGAAGAAGAAAUAGACGAAGACGAGCCAAAAAUGAAGAAACUUCGAACGGAAGACGACGAGGAAGGCAUGGAAGUCGAUGAAAAAGACGCCGAAGAAGAGGGAGACGAAGAAGAAAUGGGCAAACGAAGCAUUACGUACCAAAUGUCGAAGAACAAGGGAUUGCAUCAACGAAAGAAACCCGAAAACCGGAAUCCAAGGGUCAAGAACAAGAACAAAUAUCGCAAGGCAGUCAUCCGGCGAAAGGGAUCUGUGCGAGAGGUGCGUAAAGAAACGUCGAGAUAUGGCGGAGAAGCGACAGGAAUUAAGGCAUUUGUUAAACGGAGUGUUACUAUUAAGUAAAAAUUUUGAAAUUUACUUUAAAAUUCAUUUUUUUAUUGUUAAAAAUAAAAUUUUCUGAAAUCAAUC